AUGGUCGCGACAAAUCCUUUUUUCCGAGGAUCGUGGACGUUGAAGAAGUUUAACGCUACAGUCAUCAAUGACAUAUGGCCUGAGGUCGCUUUCUUCUCCUUGGUUGCAUCCAUGGUCUGCUUAGUUUCGAAAAAAACUGAGCAUCAUCUUGGGAUCAACAACCAACUUUUGACUGUACUGGGUACGUUGUCUCCCUACAUUCUGCUCCCCUUGCGAGGUUUGCUUACCAUUCUUCUAGACCUUGACAACUUCUGCCUCUCAAUCCAGCGCGAGCUGCACGAGAUCACUGCUCACCCGAACCCCGAACCUAGGGACUUCGUCUUCAAUGCAACAAAUCAACCAUUCGCACCUGCAGAUCGCAGGAGCGCAGCGGAAUUGGUGUCUGGCAACACAGAAUACGACGUGUCCCACGAGAUAGCCGUUGAAGGCUGUUGCAGGCGGAAUUUAAAAUUGGACGUUAUAACUGUAGAUCUAUCAUGUUCGUCAUCCCUGAAAUAUAUGCUGAUUUUCGUGGACAUGAUUAGAAUUCGAGGUCCGACUGUAUCUAUGAUUUUGAACUUUUGGCCUAUCGUUAUGAAAACGGCUGUAAUCAUGAUGGUACUCCCACAUUCCUUUACCAGCCUCUACCGACUUUUCCUGCGAACAGCAUCUGCCUCCGUCCUUCACCAUCGAGCAGCGACCCGGAAUCUUCGUGCCUUAUGGCGGCCAGUUUUCGAGGGUGGGGCUAAUGCUACCAAACAGCUCCAACAAUUGGAAGGAGAUGACGUUGCGAGACAGGGACUAGAAACGUUUUUGAAGGAAUGGAAUGUGCGGAUGGACAACACGCUCGCUCUCCUCUACAACUCUAGCACAUCGCGAGGACUCGCACAUCAACUUACGCGGAAUCUCUCAAAGGUCGUUCAAGCGGAGAAGAAACGGGUACAAGACAAGGAGAUGCAGUCUAGGACGUGGGAUGCUCAGUCGCCGCCUUCCGCGAAGGACAUAGAGAAGAGGGCAAAAGCUGCAAAGAAGAAAGAGGGCCAAGCAGACCGAUUUGCAAUAUUGGAUGAAAUUAUCCAUAUGGCCGAAGGUCGGGAUAGAAUAUCGCUGGGGAGGAUCCGGAGGGACCGGAGAGCGACGAAGAGUCGGAAACACGGCUACGGGAAGAAUACGCAACAGAACAGAACUAUGCAGCAACCUCAAUAUACUACAAUUGCUGCCCCCCAAAAGCCUUUAGCCCCCCCUUUUCGAGACUUCGCUUCUCAUGUAGGAGCGGAAAUUCUUUUGAAAGACGAACUUUUUGACGAAGACGAGGUCGCCAUAGUGGGAAAGUUCGGGAACGCCUCGUAG